AUGGCCGACAACAUACCACAGCUGAUCAAAAUAGGUAUUUCAUUGAAAACGACUCCGAAUAAUGGACCCGUUUACUUCAAGUCUGACGGGACGAGAUUCGGGCAGAGCAGAACCAUCAAAUUAUUGACCGGAACCAAAUACAAGAUUGAUGUGGUCGUUAAACCGGAAGCCGUACAAGCGACAUCUAUGACUGUUGGUGGGAUGACUUCUCCUUUGGAGCAGCAGUCUAAAGAUCCUCAGUCUGUAGUAUACACUGGAAAUUAUCACACCGAGGGAGUAGCACACACCAAAAGUGGGGAGAGACAGCCUGUUCAAGUCAAUAUACAGUUUUCUAAGGAAGGACUUUUUGAGACCGUCUGGCAGGUCGAGUUCUACAACUACAACAAAAGAGACCACUGCCAGUGGGGAAACAGCUUUAACAGCAUCGAGUACGAGUGCAAACCAAAUGACACACGCACACUUAUGUGGAUCAAUAAAGAACUGUUUCUCUAAAGACGUAAAGGUUGUGGGCUGGUUCCAAAAUUAACUGCAUUUGUGAC